ACAGCUGGCUGAAGCUGACUUAGACACCAGUGGUAACCAUCUCCUAAGUUAAGCAGUGUCAAACUGAACUGAAGUUGGGGACGACUGGAAAUCCGCGUCAAACAAGUGUCUGUUCAGUUCCAACGAAACCUACCUUAAAUUAAUCUUUCUAAAUAGCCUGUGCUUUCACAGAGCUGACUGAUCUCUGUGAGAUUGCAAAAACAUUCUAUAUAAAACAUUGUUGCCUACCGCUUACCGCAGAAAUGAUGAUGCACUCGUCUCAGAAAGACACAACCUACACAAAGAUAUUUGUAGGGGGUCUUCCAUAUCACACCACGGACUCCAGUCUCAGGAAAUACUUCGAAGUGUUCGGUGAUAUCGACGAGGCUGUUGUUAUAACAGACAGACAGACGGGCAAAUCCAGAGGUUAUGGAUUCGUGACGAUGGCAGACCGGGCGUCUGCGGACCGAGCCUGCAAGGACCCAAACCCCAUCAUCGACGGCCGGAAAGCCAAUGUGAACCUGGCCUACCUGGGGGCCAAGCCCAGGGUCAUGCAGCCAGGUGAGGGGAUGGACGCGCUGGCGGAGGGCUGCGCCACACGUUUAUUUCACAGCUUGGACGACCAAGGUUUCUCAUUUGGUGUUCCUCAAAUCCAUCCAGCGUUCAUCCAGAGGCCUUAUGGGAUCCCAGCCCACUACGUCUACCCCCAGGCCUUUAUGCAGCCAAGCACCAUGGUCAUCCCUCACAGCAUGCAGUCGCCCGCCGCCACCGCCUCCGCCGCCUCCUCCCCGUAUCUCGACUACACCGGAGCAGCCUACGCCCAGUACUCAGCCGCAGCUGCCAGCGCCGCGGCCGCCGCUGCCUACGAGCAGUACCCGUACGCAGCCUCCCCGGCCCCUGCGGGCUACAUGGCUGCAGCAGGGUAUGGUUAUGCGGUCCAGCAGCCCCUAGGAGCCGCAGCCACCCCAGGAGCAGCCGCUGCAGCUGCAGCCUUCGCCCAGUACCAGCCUCAGCAGCUUCAGGCAGACCGCAUGCAGUAACUGACCACAACUACUACUAUUACUGAGCCUGGAUAACAGAGGUGGGGGGAGAGUGUGAGGAGGGGGGGAUGAAGAGUGGAGUGGGGGUCAUCAAUCCUUGGCUUUAGAACAUGCAGCGCUGCUACCAAAAGAGCCUGAAGAGAAUCAUCUCAUAACUGAAGAGAAUCAUCUGGAUAACAGAGGUGGGGGGAGAGUGUGAGGAGGGGGGGAUGAAGAGUGGAGUGGGGGUCAUCAACCCUUGGCUUUAGAACAUGCAGCGCUGCUACCAAAAGAGCCUGAAGAGAAUCAUCUCAUAACUGAAGAGAAUCAUCUCAUAACUGAAGAGAAUCAUCUCAUAACUAAAGAGAAUAGUUACUUCGUUAUUCAAAUAUCAUCAGUGUUGUCAUCACUAAAGUAUUGUUUUUUGUUGUUGUCAUUAUAUCAGAAAUAUUUAAUAUUUAUUCAUCAGGACAAAUAUCUAGAAUUAGUAUUUAAGAUAUGACCUCAUAACCAACCUUUAAGUUUAAGUUAAUAAUUUUAAGUAGAUUAAAUGUGUGAUUUUGUACAACUUUCACAAGUGCACUGAAGUCUAAUCAGGUAUUUUCCCCUCAAAUUUCAUAAACAAGAUGGUCAAACC